AUGAUUUCACCACCAAACUUACAACUACUCAUCACCAGACUCACCGUCAUUCACCACCAAACUCACCACUGCAAACCACCAGACCCACCAGUAGACUCGCCACCAUUCAUCAUCAGACUCGCCACCAGACUCUUUACCAACCUCACCAUCACACACCACCUAACUCACCAUCACUGUCCAACAAACUCACACCUCAUAACUACCCACCAUCAGACUCACCACCUCAUAACCAAACUCACUACGAUAUUCACUAUAACACUGACUCAUCACCAGACCCAUCACCACACACCAUCAGACAUACCACCAGACUCGCCGCCACUCACCAUCAGACUCAACACCACACCCACUACCACACCGAUCACCACAUACCACCACACAUCACCAAACACCACCAGACUUACCACCAUACUCACUACCAACCACCACGCUUACAACUGCACACAACUGUACUCACCACACUACCCACUACCACACUCACUACCAGACUCUCCACGACUUCAACACCACACUCACCACCAGAUUCAUCUCUACCCUCCACCAAACUCGAAACCACACACCACCAAACUCACCACCAGACUCGCCACAACUCGUUGCCAUAUUCACCAUAAAAAUCACAUCAGGAGAACCUUGGCAUCAGAGAAAGCACUAAGUUGA